AUGUUCCCUAAACCCGCGAGUGUCAAAAGAGAACUCAAGAGGGUUGAUUUCGUCUUUUCGUGUUCAGGUACUCUAGAUCUAGAGUACGAGACUACUCUCAGCUCGUACUGUAGGCUUACAACACACGAAGGUGAUACUUCCAUCGAAUUCUGA